AGUUAGGAGCUUUCUCCAAGAAUGGCAAGUCCACAGUGGUUAGCUGGGAAUUUGGUGGUUUCACGGAGUAUUUUUCUGUGCUGCUGCAUAGAAAGCAGAGCUUGGCUGUGCUUUUUGGACUCCAGAAGCCAGGAAUGUUGCAGUCAGUGCAAGGAUGACAAAGACAGAGGCAGCCAAAGUCAGAUUGUAUUGCAGGAUUCUGUGGAGUUCCCUAAGCAAGAAAAAAGAAAUUACAGCUGCUAUCACCACCCCUUUUGUGUAAGGGGUCCUGCCUGUAAAAGCAUGAAAAUGCAUCCUCCUGGAUUGCUGUUUUUCUUCUUAGCAGCAUGCCUCACUCCCACAGUGGACUGCCAGAGUCAGAAGUUAAAAUCCAUGCGAUGCAAUGUCAAGACGAUGUUUACCUUGAACACAGCGUGUACUGCUUGUGCUGCAGCACCUAAAAUGUUGUGUCCAAGAGGCUGGUUAAAGACCACCCAAGGAUUAGGGGUGAGAGACUGCAGAUACUCUGUCAAGUUAGGAGAAAAUACCCUUUCCCUGCCAGGGUGUCAUCACAUAUGUAAGAAGGAUAUUGAAGAGAAAAAGUGCUGUCCAGGAUUCUGGGGUACAGAGUGCUAUGAGUGUCCAGGUGGUUCUGAAAAUCCCUGCAAUGGCCAUGGGACGUGCUUGGACGGGAUGCAGCAAAAUGGGACCUGCAUCUGCAAGGAGCAAUACAGUGGGUUUGCCUGCCAGAACUGUCGAGAUGAAAAUCGUUUUGGCCCAGACUGUCAGUCAGUGUGUGACUGUGUGCACGGGGAGUGCAACAGCGGCGUCGCUGGGAAUGGGAACUGCACGUGCUAUGGAGGCUACACAGGCCCCAGGUGUGACCAAGAGCUGUCCCUGUGCAAAGGCGUGACGUGUGAGCCCAACAGCGAGUGUGUGGUGAGGGAUGGGACUGCAGAGUGUGCCUGCAAGCUGGGCUACAGAAAGCUUGGGAGCACUUGCCAAGCUCAGGAUCCUUGUUCUCCUUCCCCAUGCUCCCCCUUCGCUGUAUGUAAAGCUCUUGGAUCACGAACAUAUCAGUGUACCUGCAAAGAAGGAUAUCAAGGAGAUGGGAACAUUUGCCAGCCCAUAAACCCUUGUGUUGACAACAAUGGGGGCUGCCCAGAAAACUCUACAAUUUGUGUUUACAGACGUCCAGGAGAGGCAACUUGUGCUUGCAAGCCUGGGAUGAGUAAGAGAACUCCUUCGUCCGAGUGUUCUGCAUUUCCCAAUGAUUGCCGGCAGUAUUUUUGCGACGUGACCUCCAAGUGUGAGAUUAAUUCUCAGGGGAAUCCUAGCUGUGUGUGUAAAGAAGGGGAGAUUGGAGAUGGGAGAAGCUGCUAUAAAGAUCUCUUGGGUGAAAUAAAUCAGCUCAAUUUGCGAGGAAGGUUUGCUAGGAAAUUUAACAUCGCCAGGAAAAUGUUUGCUUCUGGUUGCUCCAUGUUGCUGACUAAAUACGGGCCCUUCACAGUCUUUGUACCAUCCCUUCUUCCCAUUCAUGAUAGAAUGGAAUUUAAUGACACCACUGCUGAGCGGUUGUGCAGAAUGCACAUUGUUCCUGGUCUGCACUUAAUAGAAGACAUGAUUAAAACCAAGACAAUGUGGACCUUGUCAGGACACCAGAUGACAUUCACGAGCCAGACAUACAUCAAGUCAUUUCGAUAUCAAGACCUGCCGGGGGAGCUGUACAAUGUUCUGCACUCAAACCUGCCAGCAGCCAAUGGCAUCAUGCAUGUGGUUAACACUCUGAGGAAAAAAACCAGCACUGACAACCUCAGCAACCCACAGAAAACCAUUGGUGAGAUCCUUGCUUCGAUGGAGAUCUUCAGUAGGUUUGAAACUAUACUGGAGAAUUGUGGCCUGCCUGCAAUCCUGGAUGGACCAGGCCCUUUUACUGUAUUUGUGCCCAGCAAUGAUGGUGUGGAUAAGUUGAGAGAUGGAAGGCUCAUUUAUCUUUUCACAGAGGGCAUAAAUAAGCUUCAGGAACUCGUGAGACAUCACAUCUACACUUCAGCAGCGGUGACAGUAGAUAAACUGAUGACGAUGCCACAAAUUGUUACUAUGGCUAACCAGAUACUUACCAUCAACAUCAGUGCAGAUGGAAGAAUUCUGAUGGAUGAAUCAGGGAUCCCCUUAAACAUGCGAGACAUUGUGGCAUCAAAUGGUAUCAUUCAUACCUUGGAUGGCAUCUUCAUCCCCCCCUCAAUAAUUCCCAUUUUGCCUCACAGAUGCAAUGAAGAGCAACAUAAAAUUGUGACGGGCUCUUGUGUGGAUUGUGAGGCCCUCAACACCAGUAUUUGCCCACCUGGCAGCACAGAAAUGGAACCAACGCUCUCCCCAAAAGAAUGUGUCUACAUCCAUGAUCCAGAAGGCCUGAAUGUCCUGAAGAAGGGAUGCGCCAGGUACUGCAAUCAAACCAUCACGAAACCUGGAUGUUGCAAAGGAUUCUUUGGUCCAGACUGCAUGCCAUGCCCAGGGGGAUUUUCCAGUCCAUGCUAUGGCCGGGGAAAUUGCAGCGAUGGCAUUCAGGGGAAUGGCAACUGUCACUGCUUUGAGGGUUUCAAAGGAACAGCCUGUCACAUCUGUGCAAACCCAAACAAGCACGGCGAGAACUGUGACGAAGACUGUGGUUGUGUCCAUGGUGUCUGUGACAACAGGCCUGGCAGUGGUGGUGUGUGUCAGUCCUGGUCCUGUAAGGAGGGAUACACCGGGAAAUUCUGCGACAGGACAUCCAAGAACUGUGGCCCGAGUGGGCUGUCCCAGUACUGCCACCAGAACGCUGUCUGCAGCCUCAACGACACAGCAAGGUGCAUCUGCAUGGAUGGAUAUGAAGGUGAUGGGUUUUCCUGCCAGCCCAUCGACCUGUGCAGUCAGCCAGAACGGGGAGGUUGUUCACAGAAUGCCCUGUGCACCAGUACAGGCCCUGGCACUGCCACCUGCCAGUGCAACGUGGGCUGGACCGGGGAUGGGAAGGUGUGUGUGGCCAUAGACAACUGCAUGCUGGAGAGCAGAGGGAACUGCCACCUCAACGCUGACUGUGUCUACAUCGGCCCUGGGCAGAGCAAGUGUGUCUGCAAGAGGGGUUAUGCUGGGGAUGGCCACAGCUGUGAUGCAAUCAACCCCUGCCUCAUGGACAACGGUGGCUGCCAUGACUUGGCUACAUGUGUGCCCCUUGGUGGAGGAGAGAGAUCCUGUGUUUGCUCUGAAGGCUACAUGGGGGAUGGCAUGACGUGCUACGGGGACAUUCUAAAAGAGCUGGCCAGGAAUUCCCACUUUGCGGGUUUCUACAGCUGGGUUAAGAAAUCUCUCUUCAGCAUCCCAGCAGGAACCAAUGUCACUGUCCUGGUGCCAUCAGAGGCAGCUAUCAAGAACUUGAGUGACACUGAGAAAGAUUUCUGGUUGACCCCCUACAUGCUACCAUUUUUAGUCAGGGCCCACUUUCUGGAAGGUGUCUUCACUGCUGAAAAGCUCAAAAAGUACAACGGGCCAGAAUUACCCACUCUCAACCCACAGACCAGAUGGCAGAUAAACACCACGAGCAGUGUAUUAACCAUCCAGAAUGCAAGUAUAGUUGUCAGUGACAUCCCUGCCAGCAACGGCAUUAUCCAUGUCCUCAGUAAGGUUUUGUUACCGCCUUCAGGAGAUGUCCCACCGAGUCCUCCUGGGCUGCAGGAACAGCUCGAGUCAGUGGCCUCAUUCAGCACAUUCAAGGACUUGCUAGAGCAAUACCAGCUCACUGGGAAGAUCGAGUCCUCUGAAAAAUACACCAUUUUUGUUCCUGGAAAUAAUUCCAUUGAGGAGUACUGCCACGCUGCCAAUGUGACCCAGUUGGACAAUGCAACAGUGCAGUACCACAUUGUACUGGGAGAAAAGCUCUUGCCCACAGACCUGAGAAGUGGAGUUCAUAAGAACAGCAUGUUGGGGCUCUCCUACUGGCUAAUGUUUUACCAGAACAGCACCCAGAAGUUUGUCAAUAAUAUUCCUUUGGAUGGAAAAUUCCUCGAGACCAAGAAUGGAAUGCUGGUCGGGGUGUCGCAGGUGCUCCAGAUACAGAAGAAUCGUUGCACUGCCAACACCACCACCAUACAAAAGUCAAGAUGCGGCAAGUGUGAGAAGGGGAUCAAGUGUCCUCCUGGAUCAGUUCUUGUGGAACUGCCAGGGAGCAAGAAUCUCGCUCGCUGCGAGCUGCGCUCCGGGGAUGCAGGGAUACUUGGCUGCCAUUUCACCUGUGCAAAAGUUUCUCUGAGGUCCGUCUGCUGCCCCGGCUACUACGGACACAUGUGUGAGAUGUGCCCAGGGAAGCCAGGCCAGUGGUGCUCUGGGAACGGGGAAUGCCAGGAUGGCAUGGAGGGCAGCGGAGAGUGCCGGUGCCUGGAGGGUUUCCACGGCACUGCCUGUGAAAUGUGUGAAGUGGGACGAUAUGGAGCUGACUGCAAAUCAGAAUGUGCCUGUGACAACGGGAUAUGUAACGAUGGACUGCAAGGGGACGGGAGCUGUGACUGCUUCCCAGGGUGGAAGGGCCCCACCUGCCAAGAGAGAAUCAAGACUGACCUAUGCAAUAACACCUGCCAUCAAAUGGCCAACUGCCUCAAUAGUUCCACAGAUUCCCUACCUAUGUGCUUCUGCUCUGCUGGAUACACAGGGAAUGGGACCCAUUGCACAGAAAUAGAUCCCUGCACUAUGGACCACGGUGGCUGCUCCGUGCACGCUGUGUGCACCAAAGUGUCCCCAGGAGAGAGGACCUGUGUCUGUAAGGAUGGCUACGCUGGGGACGGGACACUCUGCCUGGAAAUUGAUCUCUGUCUUGAAAGCAAUGGGGGCUGCCACACCAACGCUGAGUGCAUCAAAACAGGCCCAAAGAAGGUUGCCUGCAACUGUCUUCCUGGUUACAGUGGGGAUGGUGUGAGCCAGUGCAACCCCAUCAACCUGUGUGAACAGAACAAUGGAGGCUGCAGCCCCUUUGGGCUCUGCAAGUACACGGGGCCAGGCACUCGGAACUGCUCCUGCUCCUGGCACAGCGUUGGAGAUGGCUUCACCUGCCGUGGCAAAGUGCAUCAGGAGCUUGGAAGAAUUCCAGACUCGUCCAUGUUCUUUAGGAUGAUACAGGCAGAAAACAUCAAAGAACUCAGUGGGGCAGGGCCUUUCACUGUCUUCGUCCCACAGACAGAUUUCAUAGGAAACACUACAACAUUUGAGGAGUGGAAGAGCAGACAUCUCCUCCGGGACCUGCUUCGCUACCACAUGGUGGGUUGCCAGAAAUUGCUCCUCAGUGACCUGGAAGCCCAGGAGUCCCUCACAUCUUUAUCUGGUCACAAAAUAAAAAUCACAGUGAACGAGAAUAGCAUCUUUCUCAACGGGGAAGCCAAGGUGGUCAUGAGUGACAUCAUCGGCGUGAACGGGGUCAUCCAUUUCAUCGACAAGAUCCUCAUUCCAAGUGACCUGGUGGACCGUAACAUCUCCUCCAAGCUCUCAUUGCAGAACGUCACAGAGGUGGCAGAGGCCUUUGGGUACAGCAUUUACAGCAAGCUGCUGCAGGACGCGGAGCUGCUGCCGCUGGUCAGUGACCCCCUGCACAGGCCCUUCACGCUGCUGUGGCCCACGGACGCCGCCUUUACCGCUCUCCCCGAGGACAGGCAGAAGUACCUGUACCGCAGGGAGCACCGGGACGUGCUGGCCUCCUACCUCAAGGCACACAUGAUCAGGGACACCAAGAUUUUUGCUGGUAACAUGCCCCAGGUCGAAACCAUACGGACCAUGCACGGCUCCACCAUCUCGUUCAGCUGCAGCAAAACCCACGUGGGGGAGAUUCUGGUGGGGAACGGCGAUGCCACCAUCAUCCAGAGGCACAUGGAAUUCAGUGGGGGCAUUGCUUAUGGCAUUGAUAGACUGUUGGAGCCACCAGAUCUGGGAUCUCGGUGUGAUAAGUUCAGCUUCACUGAGCUACAGGGAUCUACAGAGAGCUGCGGACUCUGUGGCUUCGAGCCACCCUGCCCUGCUGGCUCCGUUCAACGGGGGGAAACCAGGCGCUGCUACUAUUACGGAAACCAGCUGCUGAGGAACACGUUCCUGCUUCACCGCAACUCCCUGUUGCGGCCGUCGUGGCCACCACACUCCCCGUGGGACCCCUUCAGGAGACACUUCUCUUCCAGGGGGCCUCUGAGACGAGGCUGCAGGAGGAGCUGCGUUUCCAGCCAGUGGAUCCCACAGUGCUGUGCCAACCACUACGGCCGAGACUGUCGGGUGUGCCCGGGGGGGCUGGAGGCGCCGUGCAAUAACCGUGGGACCUGCGACGACAAGAUCGGCGGCUCGGGGAGGUGCAACUGCAGCGAGGCCUUCAUCGGGACCAGCUGCGAGCUGUGCGCGCCCGGCAGAUACGGCCCCGAGUGCCGAGAGUGUAACUGCACUGAGAACGGCGUGUGCAAUGCGGGGCUGCACGGUGACGGCUUCUGCUUCUGCGCCGAGGGCUGGACUGGAGACCGCUGUGAAAUCAGAACAGUGGUGACUCCCACCUGCUCCCCACCGUGCCACCCCCAGGCCGUUUGCCGCGCCGGCAACCUCUGCGAGUGCGACCUGCACUACGAGGGGGACGGGAGAGUGUGCUCAGUGAUCGACAUGUGCAGCCAGGACAACGGGGGCUGUGCCCGGCACGCCCAGUGCUCCCAGCUGGGCGUGAACGUCUCCUGCGCCUGUGAUCCCGGCUACAGCGGCGACGGCUACGUGUGCGACCCCAUCGAUCGGUGUGCGGACGGCAGGAACGGGGACUGCAGCCAGCACGCCUCCUGCAUCAGCACCGGCCCGAACGAGCGGCGCUGUGAGUGCAAGCAGGGCUAUGUGGGAGACGGGAUCCAGUGCCUGGAAGAGGUCGUGCCCCCCACGGACCGGUGCCUGGAGGACAAUGGGCAGUGCCAUCGGGAGGCCAUCUGCACUGACCUGCACUUCCAUGAUAAGACCAUGGGCGUGUUUCACCUGCAGUCACCCCGAAAAAAGUAUGACUUCACUUACGAGCAGGCUCAGGAGGCCUGUGCCGCAGAAGGCGCUUCCCUGGCCACGUUCCGGCAGCUCUCGGCAGCACAGCAGAUGGGGUUCCAUCUGUGCUUGGUGGGUUGGCUGGACAAUGGCACAGCCGGAUACCCCACAGCCUACCCCAACCCCAGCUGUGGGUCCAACCACGUGGGCAUUGUGGACUAUGGCUCCCGAAGCAACCUGAGCGAGACCUGGGAUGCGUUCUGCUUCCGGGAGAAGGAUCUGACUUGCAUCUGCCGUGAGGGGUUUGUGGGAGAUGGGUACUGGUGCAGUGGGAGACUCCCCGAUGUGCUCGCAGACAACGACCGCUUCUCCACCUUCUAUUCCAUGUUGCUCAAUUUUGCCAAUGACACAGAAGAAGGACUGGAUUUUUUCAUGUACUUGUCUGAUGACUCCGCUCCCAAAACUCUGUUUGUCCCUCUGAACUCUGGCUUUGCAGGCAAUGAGACACUGACAGGAGAAGAACUGAAGCUUCAUGUGUCAUCCAGCAAUGUUGUCCUCUUCAGCUACAACCUCACAACAGGCACCAUCAUCCCAUCCCAGUCAGGACAUGACCUCCACGUAUCAGAACUCCCAGUGGGCAACAGUACAGAGCACUCAGACGCCAAAGGGAUCAAUGACACGAUGAUUGUGGAGUGGGACAUCAUGGCUUUCAAUGGCAUCAUUCACGCGAUUGCAGAGCCCCUGAGGAUCCCACCGCCUGUCGUUCACCUCGGCCAGGUGAACGGUGCCGCGCAGGGCUCGGGCUCCGUGGCCACCGGGACGGUGUCAGCGCUGUGCUUCGCGCUGGCGCUGGCCGCUGGGGCCGGCAUCGCCUACACUGCGGAGGAGGCUGGCCGGCAGGAGGGGCAGUUCGGGUAUUUCCAGGUACGGAGCGGGCGGGAGGAGCGGGAGGGCGGGGGAUGGAGCCCGGGGAUGGGAAGCCCGGGGGAAUGGAGCGCCGGGGAUGGAGCCCGGGGGAAUGGCAGCCCGGGGGGAAUCCGCCGGACAGGCACCCGACAAGGGGGCGCCAGCGAGCCCGGCCAGACUGAGAUGAGGGGGCGGGAACAGAGGACCGGGGGCGGGGCCCCCGCUUCAGCCGCCGCCCCCCGCUCAGCCAAAUCCGCGCUUCCCCUCGCAAGGCGGAUUCUGGCGCGCUGGACGAGGAGGAGGAGGGAGCAUGGAAGGAGGGGCGGGGCCGCGAAGGCGCGCAGCAAGGGCCACGCGCCGGAGGGCCCGCCCCAGCGGCCGCUUCGGGCCAUGCCCCAACCCGCUGUACGGCGGCCACGCCCCCACUAA